AUGCAGAAGCUGACCAAAGUCCACAUUGUUCCACCUUCUGAGCCCCAUUAUCCUCCAUCAUUUGGGAGGACUCAGUCUGUACUGUCAGUUGGAAGACUACCAUCACGUAGGAAUGACACCACCUGUCAGGAGACAAGGCCUGAACCCAAGACCAGAGAGGAGUUCUUGGAAUAUUCCUGUCAGCUCACAUUGGAUCCCAACACAGCACAUAAAGACCUGUGUCUGUCUGAGGGGAACAGAAAGGUGACAUGGAGUCAUAAGGUCCAGUCCUAUCCUGACCAUCCAGACAGAUUUACCACCGACAACCAGGUGUUGUGUAAGGAGGGUCUGUCUGGAGUCUGCUACUGGGAGGUAGAGUGGAGCGGUUGGGUUGAUAUUGCAGUCUCAUAUAAAGGGAUCAACAGGAGAGAACCUGAUGAGUGGUUUAUCAGCAGUAAUCAGGCUUGGUGUUUGGUGUGUGGUGUCUCUAGCUGCGCCUUCUAUCACGAUAGUAAAAAGACUGCCAUACCUGUCCCCUGCUCCACCAGAGUAGGAGUGUACCUGGACCACAGGGCAGGAACUCUGUCUUUCUACAGCAUCUCUGACACAAUGACCCUCCUCCACAGAGUCCAGACCACAUUCAGUCAACCUCUCUAUCCUGGGUUUUAUGUCUCUCAUGGAUUUGUGAACAUACUGACACCGACACAGUAA